AUGGUCUCUUUCGGUGCAACUCUGGUUCGACAGUUUCGGUAUAAGUCGGCAGCGGCAUUUCAGAUUGCAGAGUCCGCCAUUUUAACUAAGAAAUCUAUAACCCUAGCUUCGUCAGCGUGCAGUGCGAAUAGGGGUCAGUUGCAAUUUGGAAUUCAGAUUGUUCGUGAAUAUUCGAAAGCGUCGAAGAUGAGUACUUUGCCUAGGGUAUUUUUCGAUAUGACCGCCGAUGGCGAGCCCCUCGGUAGGAUCACAAUGGAGCUGCGCUCCGAUGUUGUGCCCAAGACCGCCGAGAACUUCCGCGCCUUGUGCACCGGCGAGAAGGGAUUCGGCUACAAGGGCUCCAUUUUCCACCGCGUCAUCCCCAACUUCAUGUGCCAGGGCGGCGACUUCACCAACCACAACGGCACUGGCGGCAAGUCGAUCUACGGCAACAAGUUCCCCGACGAGAACUUCCAGCUGAAGCACACCGGCACCGGCAUCCUGUCGAUGGCCAACGCUGGCGCCAACACGAACGGAUCCCAGUUCUUCAUUUGCACCGUGAAGACCGCCUGGUUGGACAACAAGCACGUCGUCUUCGGCGAGGUUGUCGAGGGUCUGGAUGUGGUGAAAAAGAUCGAAUCUUAUGGUUCCCAGUCCGGCAAGACCUCCAAGAAGAUCAUGGUUGCUAACUCUGGUUCUCUUUAAGAUUGCGCUAAACACAAAAAAAAAAAAAACGCAAGAUUACAAGAAGAAAAAUCUGUUAAGACGAAAACCAUUUGCAUUUUCUCCAAAACAUUUUUUUUUUACCAAUUACUGUAAUAUUACGAAAUACAAUACAACAAUAUUUUCAAUAGACAUGUUUAAAUAUUCCCAUUGGGUUUUUUGGCCAAUUAAAAAUUGUAUAAGGGGGCCAAAAUGCAGUAUAUAAAAAUAUAUAGCCUCCUUUUGUCAGUUACAGUGUUUAUUAAAUUGGAUAGUGAAGUUCUUAAAUCAGGCUAAAUAAAUACUUCAAACACCUGUAACCUUUCGCAUUUCCAUAGUAAAAUAAAAAAAAGAGACGAACGAGACAUUUAACAAUGGGAUUAGCAAAAUGUUUAACGUUUAAAAUUGGCCUACAGCUCAAAAAGCUAAUUAUCCACAUAUAUUCCAACGUUCUACGAUGUUUUCCGCAAUCGGAAUUGUAUUUUCGUCUUAAUAAAAGUAAAUAAACGACACCCAA